AUGGACGCCCCCGACGCGGUGGCGCCGACGCACGCCGUCGCGGGCGCGGCGAACGUCGGCGCGUGCGGCGCGGCGCACGCGACGACGCUCGAGGCGCUGGACAGACGGCCGGACGCGCGAGGCGCGACGACGCACGCCGUCGCGGGCGCGUGCGUCGGGACGGGCGCGGCGUGGGUGAGGUGGGGACGACGCGCGGCGACGGCGGGCGCGGCGUGCGGCGCGGCGGCGGCGGGCGGCGCGAGGGCGUGCGCGACGGCGCUCGAGGGCGCGGGAGAGCGCGGGUACGAGUUCCCGAGGUGGUUUCCGGUGCAAAUCGUGCGAGAGGAGGGGCGCGAGGACGAGCUGCUGGCGCUUAUGGGGCGGGCGCAGCGAGGCGAGCUGUCGGCGGAGGACGAGGCGAGGACGCGGGACGCGUACGCGCGGUGGAAGAUGCGUCGAGCGGGGAGAGGGUAGAGGCGCGCGCGGCGAAGCGGUGAAGUGGAAAAGUUAGCGUAGAAUACAAUCGCGAUCGGCGAACGUCGGUCGAGACGCGACGCGACGCGACGCGCGCGCGCGCGAGGCUCAAAUCAUCGAAGGCGGCGUCGCGCCGAGAGACGCUAAACGUUUGAGCAUGUCUCGCCCGAAACUCCCCGGCGAGUCGUCGCGCGCCAGAGGCACCGAAAUUUCAAACGGGAAGCUCACGACGUCGCUCGUCGUCACCGGCGGCACGUGCGCCUUCAUCUCGUUCACCAAUCCCAGCACGUGUCGCUGCGUCCCGACGACUUGGUCUCGCAGCGCCUCCCGCGCGCGCGCGCGCUCCGUCUCGUCCAACUCCUCACCCCU